AUGGAUGGGCCGGCGGUAUUAUCGAUGCCGCCGAUAACCGCGCCCCAAAAAUCAGCACAAUCGCCGCAGCCACAGUCGCAUUCGAAAUCCAAUCAGGAGUUGCAGGUGGGCACUGUAUCUCUCUAUGGCAUUCACAUCGUGUCCCUGGUGAUCGAGGGUCAAGAAAGGCUAUGUUUGGCUCAGAUAAGCAACACGUUGCUGAAGCAGUUCAGUUACAACGAGAUCCACAAUCGCAGGGUAGCUUUGGGCAUCACCUGCGUGCAAUGCACUCCCGUCCAGUUAGAAAUCCUCCGUCGAGCCGGUGCUAUGCCCGUUUCCUCCAGAAGAUGCGGCAUGAUUACGCGAAGGGAAGCCGAGCGUCUCUGCAAAUCGUUCCUCGGCGACAAUGCGCCGCCUAGAUUACCAGAAGACUUCGCUUUCUCGGUGCACCACGAAUGCGCCUGGGGCUGUCGAGGUGCGUUUCUACCAGCUCGCUAUAACAGUUCGCGCGCGAAAUGCAUCAAGUGCGCCUACUGUGGCCUCUUCUUCUCCCCCAACAAGUUCAUCUUCCAUUCACACCGAAUUGGCCCAUCCGACAAAUACGUGCAACCGGACGCGGCGAACUUCAAUUCCUGGCGUCGUCACAUGAAACUUUCCGGAAAUCCGCCGGACGAGGUAGUGCACGCGUGGGAGGACGUGAAAGCAAUGUUCAACGGCGGCACUAGAAAGCGAUUGCUUAAUAAUCCAACGUCAAGGGAGUCUCCAAGUCCUGCAAAGCAGCCGAGAUCAUCGCCUACGGCGCAAAUUCCGACCCUCGUGCCGUCGCCCACGCAUCCACGUGUCCCUCCAUUUCCGGAAUUACCUCUGCCGUUGUCUAGAAGCUUGGUGAUGGACUAUGUGUGGCAUCAACAUCAACAGGCUGCCGCUGUUGCUGCCGCCAAGACACCUGGUUUUCCAUUUUCACCCUAUGCUCUCCCGUGGCUCGCUAAGAGAGGACCAGUGCUCUUUCCUGGUCCUCUACCACCGCCAAUAAGCGGUUCCAAUCCAACAGAACCACUUAUACCAACGGUGAAUCCAUCAUUGCAUCAGUCUGCCUUUCGUCCUGUGAUUCGUGGACCACCGAUAGUUGAAUCGGUGACUCAAGAACAACCAUCGGAUACCUCGGUAUCUCAAAAAGAAGAUAAUUCUGACGACGAAGUGGAUAUAGAGACAACAGAAGACGAUCCAGUGACACCUUUAAACAUUACUGCACAGAAUCUUCAUUCCGUUUCAAAUUCAGCUACCAAUAGUCAUAGUGGUCGUAAUUCGCCACAGUGUUGGAGUCCUCCUCGAGAAACGGUGAGUUAUUAUUUAUAA